UUGUUGUUGUCGUUGAACUUGGCCGUCAGGAUGCUCACCUAGAGUUGACUCAGCCCCAAUAUUUUAUUGAAAUCAUAAUAGGACGUUGGGUUACAAAAUUCAUGGUAGGGGAGUAGGUAAAUACUUCUCUAUUUUCCUGUGCCAAUAUUUUCUUGUGACACAGAGUAAUACAGGUUUAGAACCAAAAAAAAAAAAAAAAGAAACAAUAUGUGACAUAUUGUGAGACAAUAUGAUUUCGUAAAAGGGCAAAAUGAAGUGAUACUGCUGACCCUGCGGUCUUUAUAAUUUUUGGACACUAUCUGUCUACAAAAACAUCCUCACCUGACCUAUAUGGAGAAUUCCCAGGAGGCCACCACCAUUGUCCCUGAACCCAAGGAACCCAUUGCUAACUUUCUAGGAGAUAUCUGUAUAUUAUUCCAUCCUCAAUGUUUCGAUAAGAAUAACCCAUUUUUAUUAUACAGAAUUGAGACCAAGCCUGGGGGAGCAGCUGUAGAAUCACUGUCUCCACCUGGGGGAACAGCUGUAGAAUCACUGUCUCCACCUGGGGGAGCAGCUGUAGAAUCACUGUCUCCACCUGGGGGAACAGCUGUAGAAUCACUCAUCUCCACCUGGGGGAACAGCUGUAGAAUCACUCAUCUCCACCUGGGGGAACAGCUGUAGAAUCACUGUCUCCACCUGGGGGAACAGCUGUAGAAUCACUGUCUCCACCUGGGGGAGCAGCUGUAGAAUCACUGUCUGCACCUGGGGGAACAGCUGUAGAAUCACUGUCUCCACCUGGGGGAACAGCUGUGAAUCACUCAUCUCCACCUGGGGGAGCAGCUGUAGAAUCACUGUCUCCACCUGGGGGAACAGCUGUAGAAUCACUCAUCUCCACCUGGGGGAACAGCUGUAGAAUCACUGUCUCCACCUGGGGGAACAGCUGUAGAAUCACUGUCUCCACCUGGGGGAACAGCUGUAGAAUCACUGUCUCCACCUGGGGGAGCAGCUGUAGAAUCACUGUCUGCACCUGGGGGAACAGCUGUAGAAUCACUGUCUCCACCUGGGGGAACAGCUGUGAAUCACUCAUCUCCACCUGCGACUCUAGGCUGCAUUCCUUUCUAUCUAGAGUGAGUGACUACAUUUCUAUCGAAGUCACAAUCAGUCUUCACUUUUUUGUUUGUUUGUUUGUUUGGUUGGUUUGGAUUUGGUUUUCUCAAGACAGGGUUUGUCUGUGUAGCCCUGGCUGUCCUGGAACUCACUCUGUAAACCAGGCUGGCCUCGAACUCAGAAAUCCUCCUGCCUCUGCCUCCCAAGUGCUGGGAUGACAGGCGUGCGCCACCACUGCCCGACUUAGCCUUCACUUUAUUAUUAUUGGUAAUAUCUCAUUUCUGGAUAUCAAGCAGGCUCCUACUAGAAAUUUCCAGAUCACCAAAUACCGGUUUAAUCAAGGAAAGAAGAAAGAAAAGGAACAGUAAAUAGAUAAAAGAAUGAUAAGUAGUAAGGAUAACUGCAGGAAUGACACCAGGGGGUGCUUGUGCCAAAGCAGCAGGCCUUGGGCCUCUUGGUGCUCAUCCUGGGGGCCCAGAGGAGGCCAUGGCCUCGGGCUCUGAAGGUUUUCAGAGUACAUGGUGCCCCUGGCAGGUUUUCUUCCUUGUCAUCAGGGGUCCCAGGCAUCUUGAGCUUAACGUGGGGGGGGGGUGUCUCAGAAGCUGAUACUGAAGCCAUGGAGGGGUGCUGCGGACUGGCUUGCUCAUCAUGGCUGGCUCCGCCUGCCAUCUUAUAGAACCCAAGACCAAGGCCCAGGGAUGGCAGCACCCACCAUGGGCUGGGCCCUCCCCCAUCAACCACUAAAUAAGAAGUGCCCUCUCACCGGAUCUUAUGGAGGCGUUUUCUCAAUUGAGGCUUUCUCCUUUCAAGUUGACAUAAAGCUGACCAGGACACUUCCCCACCCGUCUCCCCGCUGGAUGAGCGGGGAAAUGAGGCCAUUACUGACCGCUCCCUCCCUGAGGUUUGGCUCCUGCUCUCAGAGCAGACACUGAAAAUCACAGGCUAUGAGAUUUGGAUCCCAGUUUGUCCCAAACCGAUUUUCUAUCUCUGCACCAUCUCUAGGGUAUGCUCUAGGGUACUGUCUCUAGGGGCUAGCCAGUGUUCCUGCUGAGGCUGAGAGAGAUAGCCCACAGUAGGGGUGGUGGAGCAGCCCCUCAGGGAAGAGGUCCUGGACCAUGUCAGAGCCUGGCAGUCUCUGAUUGUGGCCGAUCCCCCACUGCCAGGGCCUUGCCCAGUCAGCCACAAUCACCAACCACAGCAUCCUUUGGGUUUGACCUACUGAGCACAGGACCCCCAAUUAGUCCUGGCAGCAUGCCCCGCCCCUCCUGCUUACACCAGGGCUCAGACAGCGGAUAUAAAUGGUACUGAGGGCUGAAGGGUGAAGAACAGACAAGUCCCACACAGCAAGUCGGUGCAGACCUAGCAGACAUCAUGAGGACCCUCUCUCUGCUCACUGUGCUGGCCCUGGCUGCGUUCUGUCUCUCCGACCUGGCAGAUGCAAAGCCCAGCAGCUCUGAGUCUGACAAAGCUUUCGUGUCCAAGCAGGAGGGCAGUGAGGUAGUGAACAGAGUCCGGCGCUAUGCGCUUGGAGCCCCAGCCCCCUACCCAGAUCCCCUGGAGCCCAGCAGGGAGGUGUGUGAGCUCGACCCCUCUUGUGACGAGCUAGCGGACCAAAUUGGCCUCCAGAACGCCUACAAGCAAAUGUACGGGACCACUAUUUAGGGUGUGUGUCGCCC